AGGAGGUGCACCUCCCUUAGUAGCUGGAGAACAGCCGCUGUAGGUAGGGGAGACCUGAAAGAAGUCUCUUCAGCACAGUCUCCCUAAGAUCCUGUGCAGGUGAAGAACUCAGGAGAAAGAAGCCCACUCUAGUAAGCAGCAAAAGCUGGAGAGAGAGUGGUAUUUUUAACAGAAAGAGGAGACCUCCUAAAGAGCAGCAGAGCUGGGAAGAUCUAUUUCCCUAGGGAACGGUUGCUCCAGAAGGGUGAAUGAUGCUGGACAAGGCCAUCCUCCUCCUAUUCCUCCACUUAGUCAUGUGCUCCAUCUCUUCUCCUCUCUAUCCAGCUCUCAGAUACAACCCAGGGCCCAUUGCUGGCAAGAUGGUGAGCUUUCAGCUCCGGGACAGCGGCCCAAUGCAGAGCCAGAACCUCUCUGCUGAAGAGCAGGAAGAGGAGAGUUUUCUUACUGAUCCUGCUGAAAAAAGGAUGCAGCGACAUGCAGAUGCCAUAUUCACUGACAACUACCGGAAAUUCCUGGGGCAAAUCUCUGCCCGCAAGUUCUUACAGACCAUUAUAGGCAAGCGGCUGGGUGAAGGCAGCUCAGGGGAAGGGGUGCACGAAUUCUUGACCAGGCGCCAGUCUGACAGUAUCUUGAUGGACAGCCGCUAUCACCAGCAGAUGGUAUUAAGGAAUUUCUUGGGAGCCAUUCUACAGAAUCAAAGGCCUCAGGAUGCCACCAGUGAUCAGCUAGAUGACUUUACCAGCACCUUGGCCAAGCUCAUGAAACUGUAAAUAACUCACCCCACACCCCAUCUGGUUCUGAAUAAUUCAGAGAUUGUGGACUUAACUGUACAGUAAACAACUCACAGACCAGAAGAAAAAACUCCUGGACCUGAACAGCUGUAAAAUUCAUGCAUAUGCUUCUUGGAACCCAUGGAUGCUCUUCAUUAAAGGACUAGGAUUUCAA